UGUAAUUCAAGCAGCGCAAGGGAACUUGGGAGAAUUAUUCAAUACGAUCCCAGUGAAGGCGUGCCUGUCAGAGCAGCCUUUUCCUCUCUGUCCCCCUCCUCUUCCUCCCCAGCCCUGCUGCCUUUGGGGUGCCCUGGCCAGCAAGAGUCAGUCCUGGACUGGAGAAGAGCCCUCGGCCUCUGCUGCUUUCUCCGAGAGUGGUGCUGAGGGACAGGCUUCCUCCUCAGCUGGCUGCCUACUUGGUCGACACACCGACCCUCCCUCCUUGACUUGCCAAGCAGCUACGAAGUUGAAAGAUAGUUCACAUCACACACACUUCUGGCAAGCUGUGCACCGGCAGGGGAUCAGGUAUUGUCAAGAUCUGGCUACCAUGGUCCACCUCAGCGUCACCCCUGUAAGCUCACUUGCAGAUGCCCCUGUGUGGAUUUAUGCCUCUGGCCUUGUUCCCUCUCAGACUGUGACCCUGCAUGCAUCGCUGACAGAUGAAAGGGGAGUGCAGUUUGAAUCCAGAGCCUUCUACCAGGCAAAUGAUGCUGGGGAGGUAGAUCUGAAGAAGAUGCCUGCUCUGGGGGGUGACUAUACUGGAGUGUGGCCCAUGGGCCUCUUGGCCUCUUUGAAGGCUAAUAAUAAGAAGUUCCACCGACUGAUGAAACGGGAUGUGAUGGGAAGCCCUUUCCAUAUCCAGAUCAGUCUCUUUGGCCCUUUUAAGAUUCUGACUUCACCGACCGAUGUACCACUUGCAACCUGUACAGUGGAGAGGUGGUAUGUGGCGCCUGGAGUGGAGCGCUUCCAGAUCAAGACUGGGCGAGUUCGGGGGGCCCUUUUUGUGCCUCCAGGGCCUGGUCCAUUUCCAGGGGUGAUUGACCUGUUUGGUGGGAGCGGGGGUCUCUUUGAAUUCCGAGCUAGCCUGCUGGCUAGUAAAGGCUUUGUUGUUCUGGCCCUGGCUUACUUUGCCUAUGAUGACCUGCCACAGAGCCUGACAGAAGUGAACCUUGAAUAUUUUCAGGAAGCAUCAAUAUUGCUCUUAAACCAUACUAAGGUAAGAGGCCCAGGACUUGGAGUCAUUGGUUUGUCCAAAGGAGCAGAAAUCGCAUUAGCCAUGGCUACUUUCUUACCACAAAUAGUGGCUGCAGUGUGCAUCAAUGGGGCCACAUAUAUGAAUGGUGCACCACUCUGUUUUCGUGAUGUCCAUAUUCCUGCCAUUCCUUAUUCUUCGGAGAGGAUUGUCAUCACUGAGAUGGAAGGAAUGGCCACUCUACAUGUUUGGGGAGAUCCUCAUGACAAAGGACACCAAGCCUCUGCUAUCCCUGUGGAGAAAGCUCUGGGGCCGGUGCUCUUUGUGGUUGGUGAAGAUGAUGAAAGCCUAAAGAGCAAGUUGUAUGCUGAGAUAGCCAUAGCCAGAGCAAAGAAGAAUGGGAAAAAUAAUUGUACCCUGUUGUCUUAUCCAGGGGCUGGGCACCUCAUAGAACUCCCUGGAUCCCCACAUUGCUACAUCUCCCCAAUGCAGAAAUCACCUCUCCCCAUACAGUGGGGAGGCAAAACAGAGCCCCAUGCCAAAGCCCAGGAGCACUCCUGGAAAGAGAUCCAGAAAUUCCUUGAACUUCAUCUUGGCCCACCUGAAAGUAGCAAUUUGUGAUGCCAGUAGAAUGAAAGAGAACGUUGGGUAUCUUAUUCUACACCAAUGAUACACAAAUAAAUCAGUGGCAUAAAUGUC